GUCAUGGUCCCCGACGUCGCAUCCCGCUCGUCAACGAGGAGUGGGGGAUGGCGGAGGAACCAGCCUGAAGUUGCUUUGACAUGUGUGCACUCAGGACCACCUUUUUUGUUUAAACCCACGCCGCUGCCCACCCAACGUUGAGGUUGUUGAUCCCGGCGAUCCCUCGAGCAACAUCUCCGUCCUUUUCCGCUCACUUUGUCUUCUUCGUCCCCGUCAUCGUCGCUACCGUCGCUACGCUUUGCACGAGGCAUCUAGUACCGCUCGCCAGUCAUGCCUGUUCUCGAUGCGCGGCUCAUCCAGGCCGGAGUCAUGGAGGUUGGCCACGAGUUGAUGAAGAGGAGCGUCGACCACACCGUGCUGGAGACGCUGGCCGUGGCGGGAACGGGAAUCUUUGGGGUUGGAGGAUUCAUCUACUGGAUCAACCACCGGUAGACGAGCAAGCUUCGUACCCAGAGCAGACCCCUUCAUUCCUCAGAACCAACCGCCUCAAAGCUCUAUCAAAGCGAACGUCGAGGAAACAUAGUUCCCAUCAACGACCGGACAUACGACCGCCAGACAACGGUGCAGGACACCACUCAAACGCCAACUAUCCAAGCAUGAAUUCACUGCGGUAUCGACUCAUUGAAGUAUCCAUACAUACAAUUUGUCCUUUCUCCCAAGGCCGUGCUUUCAACAGAUGAACUAGCCCGCUGUAGCGAAACCAGCAUCGCUGGCGUUGCCUAUUAUGAUACCUGGGUCAUUGGAAAGUUGUCUUUUUUUGUAGUUUAGAGUUUAGAAGCGUUUGUUCGAUUUUGAUACCCUACAGUUCCGCUAGAGGCUUUCACAAGAUUUGGAAACAUCAGAGUGUCGCUAGCCUCAGGGAAGAGAUGGCACGUUAUUGAGAGGAUGUUCUUUGGUUGGGCCGAGAUCUGUAGAACACGUCUCUAGACCAUACUUUUAUUUUCAUAUACUAUAGAUUCCCAUCAAGCACAUAUUACGUACUGUG